CCUCCUUGGCAAAUAGUCCUCGGCAGGGUCCGAAUUUUCGGGCCAUCCGAGGUGGGAACCAGGAGUGGUUGCAGUUGAAGGGGCGCGGAGUUGACGAGGAGAGGGAGCUGAGGAGCGACGUCUCCUCGAGAGCGCGUGAAGCGAGUUAGAAACUCCCUCCCUGCCCGGGAUCCCUCCGCCUGCAGUAGCGGUGGUGAGGCCGAGGGAGCCGCCAUUUUGGAUGUUCGGUUCCUGCUGCCACUGCUGCCGCCGCCCCCGAAGCUGCUGGUUUCAUUCGAGGUUUCGGGCCGAUGAGGAAACUGAAGAUGUCAGAGUUUAAGUCAUUUAUUCAAGGACACACAGCUAUUAAGUGGUGGAGCUAGGAAUCAACCCAGAGGAUGCCAGCCCCCAUCAGAUUGCGGGAGCUGAUCCGGACCAUCCGGACAGCCCGAACCCAAGCUGAGGAACGAGAAAUGAUCCAGAAAGAAUGUGCUGCAAUCCGGUCAUCAUUUAGAGAAGAAGACAAUACAUACCGGUGUCGGAAUGUGGCAAAAUUACUAUAUAUGCACAUGCUGGGCUACCCUGCUCACUUUGGACAGUUGGAGUGCCUCAAGCUAAUCGCCUCACAAAAAUUCACAGACAAACGCAUUGGGUAUUUAGGAGCAAUGCUGUUAUUAGAUGAAAGACAAGAUGUGCAUCUUCUCAUGACCAAUUGUAUCAAGAAUGAUCUUAAUCAUAGCACGCAGUUUGUACAGGGGCUAGCACUCUGUACCCUCGGCUGCAUGGGCUCCUCAGAGAUGUGCAGAGAUCUUGCAGGAGAGGUAGAGAAGCUUCUGAAAACCUCCAACUCUUACUUAAGAAAAAAGGCAGCACUGUGUGCUGUUCAUGUCAUCAGGAAGGUUCCUGAACUUAUGGAGAUGUUUUUACCAGCAACAAAAAAUUUAUUGAAUGAGAAGAACCAUGGUGUCCUUCACACGUCUGUAGUCCUCCUCACAGAGAUGUGUGAGCGGAGCCCAGACAUGCUCGCACAUUUCAGAAAGAAUGAAAAGCUUGUGCCCCAAUUAGUUCGUAUUCUAAAGAACCUCAUCAUGUCCGGAUACUCCCCAGAACAUGAUGUUUCUGGGAUCAGUGACCCCUUUUUGCAGGUACGAAUUUUGCGGUUAUUAAGAAUUUUAGGACGAAAUGAUGAUGAUUCAAGUGAAGCUAUGAAUGAUAUAUUAGCACAGGUUGCCACUAACACAGAGACUAGUAAAAAUGUAGGAAAUGCUAUUCUUUAUGAAACGGUUUUGACUAUCAUGGAUAUUAAAUCAGAGAGUGGAUUGCGAGUUCUAGCCAUAAAUAUUCUUGGUCGAUUCUUAUUGAACAAUGACAAAAAUAUUAGAUAUGUUGCUCUGACAUCUUUGUUAAAGACUGUGCAGACAGAUCAUAAUGCUGUACAGAGGCACAGAAGCACAAUUGUGGACUGUCUAAAAGAUCUGGAUGUCUCAAUAAAAAGACGUGCAAUGGAGUUGAGUUUUGCCCUGGUAAACGGAAAUAAUAUCCGAGGCAUGAUGAAGGAAUUGCUUUAUUUUCUGGAUUCAUGUGAACCAGAAUUUAAAGCCGAUUGUGCAUCUGGAAUCUUCCUUGCUGCGGAAAAGUAUGCACCUUCCAAACGGUGGCAUAUAGAUACAAUUAUGCGUGUCCUGACAACGGCAGGAAGUUAUGUUCGGGAUGAUGCGGUCCCCAACUUGAUUCAGUUAAUCACCAAUAGUGUGGAGAUGCAUGCAUACACUGUCCAGCGCUUGUACAAGGCAAUUCUUGGGGAUUAUUCUCAACAACCGUUGGUACAAGUUGCUGCAUGGUGUAUAGGUGAAUAUGGCGAUCUUCUUGUGUCUGGCCAGUGUGAAGAGGAAGAGCCUAUUCAGGUGACUGAAGAUGAAGUGCUGGAUAUUUUAGAAAGUGUCCUGAUCUCUAAUAUGUCCACCUCUGUGACACGAGGGUAUGCUCUCACUGCCAUUAUGAAGCUUUCUACUCGAUUCACCUGUACUGUAAACCGAAUUAAGAAAGUUGUUUCCAUCUAUGGAAGCAGCAUCGAUGUAGAGCUCCAGCAGAGGGCAGUAGAAUACAAUGCACUUUUUAAGAAAUAUGACCAUAUGAGGUCUGCCCUACUUGAAAGAAUGCCUGUCAUGGAAAAAGUGACCACAAAUGGCCCUUCUGAGAUUGUGCAGACCAAUGGAGAGACAGAAGCAGCUCCACUAGAGACUAAACCACCACCCUCUGGGCCCCAGCCCACCAGCCAGGCCAAUGAUUUAUUGGAUUUGUUGGGAGGAAAUGACAUAACACCUGUUAUUCCAACUGUACCUACCAGCAAACCAGCUUCUGCUGGUGGAGAACUUCUUGACUUGCUGGGAGACAUCACCCUAACAGGUGCUCCAGCUGCUGCUCCUACCCCUGCCUCAGUGCCACAGAUAUCCCAGCCCCCCUUCUUGUUGGAUGGGCUUUCGUCACAGCCUCUCUUCAAUGACAUCGCUCCAGGUAUCCCCUCCAUCACAGCCUACAGUAAGAAUGGCUUGAAGAUAGAAUUCACCUUUGAACGGUCAAACACCAACCCCAGUGUAACAGUGAUAACGAUACAGGCCUCUAACAGCACAGAGCUGGACAUGACGGACUUUGUUUUCCAGGCUGCAGUACCAAAGACAUUCCAGCUGCAGCUUCUGUCUCCUAGCAGCAGCGUUGUCCCGGCGUUUAACACAGGGACCAUCACGCAAGUCAUCAAGGUUCUGAAUCCACAGAAGCAACAGCUGCGAAUGCGGAUCAAGCUCACAUAUAAUCACAAGGGCUCAGCAAUGCAAGAUCUAGCAGAAGUGAACAAUUUCCCCCCUCAGUCCUGGCAAUGAGGGUCCAGCACUCUUCUCAUUCUUAUCCCACUCAAUCAAAGGAAUUCUGGGAAGGAGGUUGUGAUUGCUGGCAAGUCCCCCCAACUGUACCAUGGGCAUGAGGAGCUGAGAGAACUGUCGAGGAGGGGUGUCCUCAAGUUACUGCUGACCUUGAAGCAUCGGUAAAGACUAAUGUCCUCUCCUCCGCUGUUGAGGCUGGCUGCUUCUGGAGGCUACUUUGCACUCUUCCUCCUCUUCUCCCUUUUCCACACUUCACCCUCCCACAUUUGCAGCCAGAAUCAACAUUCUCUGGGCCACUGAGGCAAUCAGCAGCUGGUCUGGAGGAGAGGACUGGAAUUCAUGGCAAGAAAACGCUCUGUCUCUGCAGCAAAGAGUGGCCCUUUCUUUCUACUGUUGUAUCUCUGUGGAUUGGGCAAGGUGGGGUGUUCGUUCCUCACUAGCUGGUUACCAUCCUAAGGCGCUUUUUACAUCCGGCAUUUGGAAUGGAAUUGUAACAAUGGACAUAAGGGAGCCCUGCCCUUUUCUGCUGGUUCUCCCAAUGUUUGAAAGAGGCAUUAGGCUCCUGGUAGCCUUUUCUGUGCAUUGCUGUAUACACACAGACACACAUGUAUGUAUGUAUGUUUGUUAUAAGAAAAAAAAAAACAAAACUGGUUAGACCUUGAGAGGUUGUUUGUAAACACUGGACAGAUGCAGUUCAAAGAGCUUUUGUUGAGAUUUGGCAUGAAGGAUAUGGUGCUCUAUUUGUAAUAGAAACUUCCAAGGCUCUUCCAGCUCCCCCUUCUCUCCAUUCUUUAGCUGUAGUCAUGAGUUCUCUCUCCAUGAUUUUCAAAAUCAAUUCCCCUUAAAGUGUGAAGUGGACACUUUCUAAAAGAUACAUGACUAGUUAUUAAUGCCCCUGUUCCCACCACAAUGUUCCCCCAAGCCUGUCACUUGCCUGUUUGAGCUGUGGUAAAUGGGUCAAAAGAGGAGUUCAGUCUUAAGGAGCAGACUCUGUCACAAAACACCAUGGCCCAUAGGAAGAGCAGUACCAGACUUCUGGAGCACACUGGAGUCAGUUCAUCCAUGGCUCCAAACCUCCCUUUUCAUUUCCUGAGCCUGGCUUGGACCUUGGCAUUCCGUUUGAAUUCCUUCUUCUAAACUGGAACAUUUGUGUUGUAUCUGUAACACUGGCACUGAAAUAAAGACCACACGGUUAAAGAAAUCUUUCCUAUAUUGUACUUUAUGGUGUUGAAACGAAGCCUUGUAGCUUCCUUGCCCCCUAUGUGAGAGCAAGUCUUAUGGUCACCAUAGCGUAGGAAUAUCCUUUCCUGAGUCUGAGAAAUUGGUCUCUUGAAAGAAACCAAUCUCAUGAACAUCUGCAUUAAAGAUUUGAGCAUUUUAAACAGUAAGAGUGCCGAGUGCUUUUUAGAAAAGACCCUGCUGUCACCAAGCCUUUAUGUUGGUUUGCUGGGUGACUGCCCUGCGGUAUUGAAUGUACUUUAUACGUUCAGGUGUUCAGGCACCAUGUGUAAUGCACUGCAGGAGGAAGGAAGAGUGGGGCCCACCUUACUUGUAAAGCUACUUGGCGGCUGUUAGCACAUUGUACAGUAGAAUGACACUUUGGCUUCAGUUUUAAACCUUGAUACAAUCUCCUUUUCUCCCUGUUCCAUUUCACCAAGCCUUUACUUAAAAUCUUCAGUGUCUUGUCAAACCUAGCUCUGUAUCAGAUGCUAGACUAUUCCUAACAUUGACAAACUGGAGUUGAACUAAAGGCUCCAAAAGGGAACGUCUCUGGUCUUAAUAGUCUUUUAAGAGCAAGAUUUGCUGAAACUUACUGGACUGGGUAAAUGGACAGCUGAGUUACAAAUAGGAUAUCUCUCCUGUGUUCAGUAAAGCAAGUUUGGACACGUGUACUUGAAACAACUGCUCUGCCUGUGCAGUGAAAGCCUUCAGGGUUUCCUGCAGACAAAUUUCAUUGGAUGGAGAUUUAAUGCUGUGAAACAUGAUAGGAUUAAUGUUCUAUUGGUGGAUUUCUUGAAUAGAAUUUGUCUUAACAUUCCUCUUUGUGUGGAGGCUUUAUUUUCUCCUUUACAUCCGUAGCUAACCAGCUCAGGUUUUUGGUUGCUUUUCGUUGUCGUUGUUGUUGAACUAAGUCGAAUCUGAAGAAAUCUGCUCAAGACCAAGCUGAAAGACAGUGCUAGCCAAUGGAGCUGGAAAGAUCUCUGCUGACAAAGUAUCUGCCUGGGUGAUCAGAGUUUUGAGGUAGAGUAUGUGGUCAUCCAUGGCUUUAUCGAGAAGGAAUAAAAAUAUCAUGGCCUUAACACAAAGGGUGCUGUGUAGAUAUGACUUUAUUUCCGAGACGACCUGAGCACCAUACCGAUGGACUAGCAGCCAAAUAACCGCCUAGGAUACUGAUGGUUGUGAAGACUGUUCCAAGUGAUUGGAUCUUUGAAAGCUUCAGCGUGCCUUCUUAGUUUCUAGGAUCAGCAUUAGUUAUCUUCCCACUUGGCCUUGCAGCUUAAAGGAGAAAUCUCUUCGUGUCUGUGAAUUCUUGCACAUUUCAGUCAUUCCUUUCCCACAUGUAACCCUUCAAGAGGAAACAGAUUUGGAUGAAUUGGACAACCUCAGAGCCAUUGUGAAGACAGUGAUUUCUGUGACUUUUGAAUAAGCCCAGGGUGAUAAGCAGUGAGCCCACUUACUGACAAUUUCACACGCACUUGUACCUCAUUAUCGCCUUCUUCGAGGAGUAGUUUCUGUGUCAUCCUUCUUUCCCUCCCCAAAGUCAUCCUAAGGGAGAAUUCCUCUAAGUAAUCUCAGAAAACUGUAGGAAGGGUGCUCUUCCGAGACACUUCUCCCACAAUGCUUUGGUGCUGUUACCUUGAGAUGGUUUAGGGAGUCAUGGAGGUUUUCUGCGGUGUAUAGUAAUGAUCAUCUGUUAACUUCAAGGUCUUUUCAUUUAAAGGAACAUUCCUCAGUGUAAUAUUGCAGAUACCCAUUUCUUGGUUAAAGGUGUGGUUCUUAACCUUUGUCUCCCUCAUAAAUGAAAAUAGACUUUUGAAACUGUCCAGCACUAUUAGUUUGAACUUUUCCAUCUCCUGUAUAACAUGCUUUCCAUUUCUGUGUUCUUUUAGAAAAAGUUGGAAGUUAGGAAAUACUGCUUUUAUGGUUUGAUUUCAUUAUCUUCUACAUUGGAAUGAAUAUAUUUGCCCAUGAGAAGUAGGGGAAGAAGGAGUUUGAAUGUGUAUUUUUUUCCCAGUGAAUGUAUUUUAAACUACCGUGUCCUAAACUGAGAGAGAACAACAACCAAAAAAAAAAAAAAAAAAAAAAAAAAAAAAAAAAAAAAAAAAAAAGAAAAAAAAAAAAAACAGAAAGAAAAUGCAUAUUCACCGACUUUGUGGUGGGGAGGGCUGUGUGUGCCGGUCUGUCUGUCAGUCUGGGUGGGGGAAGAUCACUGAAGAGAGGACUGCACAGGAAGUGCUGAAGUUUAAAAUACUCCUGGCCAGCCUCGGCUCGCUCGGGAGGGGCUGUGUGUGUGUGGACCUGAGUGAAUACCUUUUUCAAGCAAUAGCAGUGAGUGGGUCCCGGGGACAAGGUUCCGUUCCCAGAACCUGGAACACUGACACGGAAGAAAAUGCUGAAGCAGCAUGAGCAGCUGCUUCUUGAUUCUGGCUUCAAGAUGGAGCAUUGGAGACCCCCUCCCCCACCCCACCCCAAGAACCUGCAUUUGCGCUUUGUGUGUUUCGUUUUUAUUUUUAUUUUGGGACCUUAUGGGAAAGGGCUUCUGAACUCUUUCCCUUCCGGGCUCCCACUGUGUUCCUGUAAAGUCCUUUUUCUUUCACAAUGUUGUGAGUUACCUUUUCAUUAAGCCCAUCACAUCUUCUUUACUGUAAAAUUAUUAAAAGGCUGUUUCCAAGUGGGACAGCUAAUGAAGUUCUAAUUAUUGCAGACAUAUUUUUGAGAUGUAAAAAAAUUUAAAAUGAAAUGAUAAGUCUUAGAGGCGAGUGAGGAAUAAAAUGGAUGUAAACAUUUACAUGGGAUGCAUUUGAAUUCUGCUGUGUGUAUUGUCUUUUGGUUGAAACAAAUUAUGAACAGUGACUAAUAAUAAAAAGUCAAUACUCAAUGAUUUAAAA